ACUGCUCUGUGCUCGCCGGUGGGUGGCGGCGCGCUGCUCCUGCUGCAGUGCUGGUCCCGCUCAUCAGUGCUUGGCACCGAAGGCGUGGACGAGCAGAUAUGGCGAGCUCCGGCUAUGAGGACCAUGCGGGCCAGGAGGGGGAGACGUUCCUGUAUUUCGCCUACGGCAGCAACCUGCUGACCGAGAGGAUCCACCUGCGAAACCCCUCCGCCGUGUUCUGCUGCGUGGCGCGCCUGCAGGACUUUAAGCUCGACUUUGGCAAUUUCCAAGGCAAAACAAGUGAGAGGUGGCAUGGAGGUAUAGCUACCAUUUUUCAAAGUCCUGGCGAUGAAGUGUGGGGAGUAGUAUGGAAAAUGAACAAAAGCAAUUUAAGUUCUCUGGAUGAGCAAGAAGGAGUUAAAAGUGGAGUGUAUGUUGUAAUAGAAAUUAAAGUUUCUACUCAGGAAGGGGAAGAAAUAACCUGUCGAAGUUACCUGAUGACGAACUAUGAGAGUGCUCCCCCAUCACCACAGUAUAAGAAGGUUAUCUGCAUGGGCGCGAAAGAAAACGGUUUGCCACUGGAGUAUCAAGAGAAGUUAAAAGCAAUAGAACCAAAUGACUAUAAAGGAAAGAUCUCAGACGAAAUGGAAGAAAUCAUCAAAAAGGGGGAGUCAAAACUGUAUAGCUUGUAACAGGAUCUGAGGAUGUUUCUGUGUGCUAGUAUGAAGUGUUUCUAGUGUCGGCGAGCAGGAAUGUGGGACCUUCCUGUUUUUAACCUAUUGAUUUUCAACAGUGCUGUGAAGGACUUCUCACUUAGGCGAUUCCGUAUUUUCAACUGUAAAAUAAAGAACUGGGAUGGGGAUAGGAAUUAGACAAUUAAAAGGGUCCAGGAGUCCCUGGAGUGUGUAAGUGGCGAUGGCUGUGGGUUCUCCUGUGGACAUGUUUCCAUCCCGAGUCGCAUGGAAGCGUGUCAGUGUGCUCUGUGGCACAGGGUAGGUCUGCUUUCUGCUCGUUUUUGAUGAGCUUGUCAGAGUGAGCAAACUAUAGAGAGCCGGCCAUAGGAUUUUGAGAAGUAGACGGAGGAUACACUGUCCUUUGGAGUGAGUGCGUUUGUGGCUGUAAGGGGUUCCCAGCAAGUGCUCCACCUCACUCUGCUCAGCUCAGACUGCACAGAGCAGCCUCAGCCUCAUAGAGUCGGCCUUAAGUGGUGGUGUGGAUCUAGAGCCACGCUGGCCUUGAACCUGUGUCCCCCUUGCCUCCGCUUCUCCUGUAGUUGGGAUUACAGUCCUAUGCCGCUGAGCCUAGCUGAGCCUCACCACUGUCCGGUUGGGAGAUUUGAGCUUCUUUGGUUCUCUGUACCUUAGCUGCCUCAUCUGUAGGAGGAGGGAUCAUCGAAACGCCUGUAUCUUAAGCUUAUUUUGAAAGUUUCGUGAGUAAACAUAUGGCAAGUUUAGGACAGA